AUGGGGUUCUUCGAAUAUACACCGCUGAAGGAUGGCGAGAUUCGAGUGCUGACCAUACAUCCCAGUGGAUCCAGGGGAAUCGAUGCUCCUCUACAAGCAGACCUCGAGCAUAUUGUCCUGGACAGCGAAGGCCAGGAUUAUGCGGCCUUAUCCUACGCCUGGGGUGAUGCGUCGGUGUUGCAUCCUUUAGCAUGCGGCAAAGGUACUCUCAACAUCACCACAAACCUGCGACAGGCCUUGUUACGGCUUCGAUCCUCAACUCCAACUAAAGUACGAAUCUGGGCCGAUGCCGUUUGCAUCAACCAAAAUGACCAAGAUGAGAAGCUCAAACAAAUAGCCAUCAUGCGUCACAUCUACGGCAAAGCCAAGCAAACCAUCGUCUGGCUCGGAGAUGCAGCAGAUGACUCGGAUACGGCCAUUCGAUUCUUCGAUAGCCUCGAUUUGCGUCUGAGACAGAAAAUCGCAGAUCAUCUCAAUGCCCGCCUCCCGUUCGAUGAGGCCUCUCGGAUCAUGGGUGCGUACAUGAAGUCCUUCGGUAGAGACCAAGCGACGCUUUUUCAAGACUUCGAUCCCGACAGGACUAUGCGAGCCAUCGUAGCGUUCAUGGCCAGACCGUGGUUCAGACGAGCUUGGUGCAUUCAAGUAUACGUUGUGUCUCCGGAUCUCAAGAUGCUUUGUGGCGAUAGAGAGUGCAGUUCGGCGUUUGCGAUGCCGACUUUUAUCUAUGCGUUCGACGGCGCCAAUAUCAGAUUGAACAAAUACGUACCCGCAUCGCAACGUGAGGAUGUAUUCCGUGGGAUCGAGCAGAUGACGCAGAUCCAGGAUCAGCACAACGACUACGAGAAGGGCGAUGUCCAGGGCCAUCAUCUCUUUCGGCUGCUUCAGCUGUACCGCACAUCUCAGUGCACCAUGCCGGUGGACAAGGUGUACUCGUUGGUCGGCAUCUCCGAUGGAUGGUCUGAGAACGUCGUUCGGUCGUCGCGCGGUCUCCCAUCUCAGCAGCCGUCUGUCUUUGAAAUGCCGACCACGAACAAGCGGGACCUGUUCGUGUACGUUGCCCAGCGGGUGUUGCAGAGCGGCGAUGGCGAGUCGCUCUUUGGGGAAGCCACACGCUCACGAAGGUUGUCUGAGCCCAACUGGCCAAGCUGGGUGCCUGACUGGACGGAGUCUCCACUCACCUCUCAGUAUGGGCACUUCUUCAGCGAAACGCAGUGGUUCUUCAAAGCAGGAGGCCCAAAAGCUCCUAACCGUCCAAGGCCGGACUUCAGGGCGGUUCGAGACCCAGAAAACCCGGAUGCUGGAGAGGCAAUCCUGCAGGUCACUGGCGCUGUGGUCCAGGAGGUUUUCGUCUUGGGCAAGCACACACCGACCCGCGUCCCGGGGGCGCCAAAUCUCUCCUCCCUCGUAGACAUUUUGCACAGUCUUCAAGGGUUUGAGAGAUUGUGGGAUGAGACGCUCAACGCAGAACCAUACUGCACAGGCGAACCCUGGAGUAAAAUCCAAGAGGUCAUUAUGCGAGCAGGACAGACGAAGGAACCGUCCGAGUUCGGUGCUUCAGCGUAUCGUGAAUACGGCUGGGGCAAUGCCAACGAGCUCGAGUUCGAUCUUGCCGAAGAGAACACCUCGAAUCCCGUCUAUGCCAAUGAUUCUGCCAUCAUUAGUAGUGUCAAGACAAUAGCUGAUGAGUUGCCAAGUUGGUCGAGGAGUGUUGGAAAUGCGGUGGCUGGGCGAGUGGCGGCUGUGACUUCUUCGACGACUACAGCGUAUGUUGGCCUCGUGCCUGCUGGGACGGAAAAGGGAGAUCAGAUUUGCAUUUUGCGGACGUGUUCUGUCCCGUACGUGCUGCGGCCUCUGGAGAAUGGCAGAUAUCGGCUUGUUGGGGAUUGUUACAUCCACGGUGUUAUGGAGGGCGAGUUGCUUGAUAGUCUGGAGUUUGAGACUAUUCAGAUCGAGUGA